AAACGGGGGCAAUGAGAAAAUUGUGGGGAAAAGCUGAAGAAAUGAAUAACCCAUUUUCCAAGGGUCUGAAAAUUUUUGAAUACAUUUUGGCCCCCCUAUAGGCACCAUUGAGGGGGUUUCUUGAUUAUCUAGAGUCUUCUGUUGUCUUUCUUGAAGAAGGCUGUUUCUGAGGAAAAAAAGCAGAUUCAUAUUUAUAAAAAAUUUGUGGGUCUUUAAGAAAAUAACAUGAUUAGAUGGUGGAUUUCAGCUCUGCAAUGUACUGAGUUAUUUUUGACUUCUCUGGUGCAUUUGACAUAUGGGUUUUACAUAUUCAGCACAGCUUUAGCUGGUGAUCUCUCACAGGCUGUGAGUGACUGGUUCUCUAAGCCUAAUUUGGAGAAUGGAUUGAAAGGGGAUGAUUCAAACAAGACAACAAGUGGAGGUGAUUUGCCUCCCAUUGUGUUAGUUCAUGGAAUCUUUGGUUUUGGCAAAGGGAGAUUGGGGAAUUUGUCGUAUUUCGCGGGGGCAGAGAAGAAGGAUGAUAGGGUUCUUGUGCCUGAUUUAGGCUCAUUAACAAGCAUAUAUGACAGGGCUAGAGAAUUGUUCUAUUAUCUCAAAGGUGGGCAAGUUGAUUUCGGAGAAGAACAUAGCAAGGCUUGUGGGCACUCUCAAUUUGGGAGGAUUUACGAAAAGGGGCAUUACCCCGAAUGGGACGAGGAUCACCCCAUUCACUUUGUGGGACAUUCGGCUGGAGCACAGGUUGUUCGGGUUUUGCAGCAAAUGCUCGCAGAUAAGGCAUUCGAAGGGUAUGAAGAUACUUCAGAGAACUGGGUACUAAGCAUAACGUCAUUAUCCGGAGCAUUUAAUGGGACAACAAGAACCUAUUUAGAUGGAAUGCAGCCAGAAGAUGGGAGGUCCUUAAAGCCCAUCUGUCUACUGCAGCUAUGCCGUAUAGGGGUAAUAAUAUACGAUUGGUUUGACAUUCCAUGUCUAAAGAACUUCUACAAUUUUGGAUUUGAUCACUUCAACAUGUCAUGGAAGAAGAUGGGCAUUUGCGGUCUUAUUGAUUGUCUAUUGGGAAAUAGCGGUCCAUUUGCAUCAGGCGACUGGAUACUUCCCGAUCUUACAAUCCAGGGGUCGCUCAGAUUGAACAGCAAUAUACGUACAUUUCCUGACACGUACUACUUCAGCUAUGCCACCAAGCGCACGAGGAAAAUCAUGGGUAUAACAGUUCCUUCUGGCAUUCUUGGAAUACACCCAUUGCUUUUUAUUAGAGUUCUGCAAAUGAGCCAAUGGCGACACCCUCCUGAUAUCAUGCCCCCUUAUAAAGGUUAUAGGGAUGAAGAUUGGUGGGACAAUGAUGGUGCACUCAACACCAUAUCCAUGACACAUCCUCGUUUCCCAGUCGAACAUCCUAGUCAUUUUAUUGUACAAGAUUCAGACUGCCAACCUUUGCUACCAGGCAUCUGGUAUUACAAGAUUGUGGAAGGCGAUCACAUUCUUUUCAUUAUAAACCGGGAAAGGGCAGGAACUCAAUUCGAUCUGAUAUAUGACAGCAUUUUUGAGCGAUGUAGGAAGCACGCAUUCAGAAAGAAUCCGACUCUACCAAAUCAUCAAGUGGACCAUUAGCUCGUAUAUGUUACUUUCCAUUACUACAAAUAGGAGAGAUUAGAAAGCAAUAGAAUACUGUGAUAUUGAAAUUCAAGAUAGACACAGCCAAUUCUUGGACGAGUAAACUUGUUCGCGAUUGCACCCUUUUUUCUUCCUUUGACCUCUUCUAUUAUGGAUGUAAAUAAGAACGUUUACUCAUUUUUUUCUCCUUUACCUGAGUUUAUAAACAAAUGCAUUUUCUGUAAGUUCA